AGAUGAUCCGGUUAUAAUGGCAUUCGGUAAGAACAACUUGUCCUGUUCCUGUUUCGGGGAUUAUUGUGUUUAACAGAUGGCUUUGUAAAGAUCCCUGUGCUCAUGAGAUGGAGGAGGCGUACACAGAGCUGUACAGGGAGUUCCUCCAACUGCGCUUGCUGUGUCUGAAGCAGGCUGCUUUACUCAAGAAACUCACAGAGAAACUGAGGACACAGCAAGGAGGAGCCCCUGUUCCUGAUGGAGACCCCAGCGUAAUGGCAUCAAUCCCAAUCCAGUGCACCCAGAAGAGCUCCGGUGCUCUCCCUGCAUGGCCAGAAACCCUAAUGGUCCCAACACACAACCCUGCUGCACACUAUGGCAUUAUAAGGCCAUCUGGGGCCAUGGGGUCACUCACUAAUCUACUGGCUGGGGAUUUGGGCAGACUACGGCUGGACUUCACUCAUCCAGGGACAGAAAGGAAGGAGGUCCUCAAAGCCACCCUCCUAGGACCUCUGAACCUACCUGGGGGUAAUGGAGAGAUGGCACCCUCCAGUGUCUCUGGGGACCCGAAGCAAGCAGGUCGAUUUUGGGGUGAUGAUAUGACCCGACAAAUGUUCAGGAUGCCCUCGGCAUGUGGCUCCUUCCUGGACAGUGAGUUUCUGAGCCAGACCGGGGGGAUGAUGCUGAUGUCAGAGGUGGCGCUGCAGUCUCAUGUGUGUGACUUCUGUAAUGCUGUAUUCCCCGGCCACACCACCACCAGGGGAGACUUCAUGUGCCACCUCCACACACACAUCACCUAGAACAUUAUUUCCCAACCAGGGGUACUUGGCUUAUCCACAGGGGGUACCUGAGAAGACCGAUGAGACCAUAGGCUUACUGAUAAAGUGCACAUGAGGGGGUAAUUCAGGGGUACUCCAGGCAGAGCAAAAAACUGUUUGUGUUACAGUAACCGAAAAUGGUUGGGAACCACUGACGUAGAACUCUGCUUCCCUGCACCACCUCCAUCACACACACAUCACCUAGAACACUAGUUCCCUGCACCAACUCCACACACAUCAUCUAGAACACUGGUUCCCCCAUAACAUCUCCACACACACAUAAUCUAGAACUCUAUUCCCCAUAACAUUGUUUCUGCAUCAGCUAGAGUAGCUGUUUCCCCAUAAUAUUGUUUCUGCAUCACCUAGAGUAGUGGUUUCCCCAUAAUGUUGCUUCUGCAUCACCUAGAGUAGUGGUUUCCCCAUAAUAUUGUUUCUGCAUCACCUAGAGUAGUGGUUUCCCCAUAAUAUUGUUUCUGCAUCACCUAGAGUAGUGGUUUCCCCAUAAUGUUGCUUCUGCAUCACCUAGAGUAGCUGUUUCCCCAUAAUAUUGUUUCUGCAUCACCUAGAGUAGUGGUUUCCCCAUAAUGUUGCUUCUGCAUCACCUAGAGUAGUGGUUUCCCCAUAAUAUUGUUUCUGCAUCACCUAGAGUAGUGGUUUCCCCAUAAUAUUGUUUCUGCAUCACCUAGAGUAGUGGUUUCCCCAUAAUGUUGCUUCUGCAUCACCUAGAGUAGCUGUUUCCCCAUAAUAUUGUUUCUGCAUCACCUAGAGUAGUGGUUUCCCCAUAAUGUUGCUUCUGCAUCACCUAGAGUAGUGGUUUCCCCAUAAUAUUGCUUCUGCAUCACCUAGAGUAGUGGUUUCCCCAUAAUGUUGUUUCUGCAUCACCUAGAGUAGUGGUUUCCCCAUAAUAUUGUUUCUGCAUCACCUAGAGUAGUGGUUUCCCCAUAAUGUUGCUUCUGCAUCACCUAGAGUAGUGGUUUCCCCAUAAUGUUGCUUCUGCAUCACCUAGAGUAGUGGUUUCCCCAUAAUAUUGUUUCUGCAUCACCUAGAGUAGUGGUUUCCCCAUAAUGUUGCUUCUGCAUCACCUAGAGUAGCUGUUUCCCCAUAAUAUUGUUUCUGCAUCACCUAGAGUAGUGGUUUCCCCAUAAUGUUGCUUCUGCAUCACCUAGAGUAGUGGUUUCCCCAUAAUAUUGUUUCUGCAUCACCUAGAGUAGUGGUUUCCCCAUAAUAUUCUUUCUGCAUCACCUAGAGUAGUGGUUUCACCAUAAUAUUGUUUCUGCAUCACCUAGAGUAGUGGUUUCACCAUAAUGUUGCUUCUGCAUCACCUAGAGUAGUGGUUUCCCCAUAAUGUUGCUUCUGCAUCACCUAGAGUAGUGGUUUCACCAUAAUGUUGCUUCUGCAUCACCUAGAGUAGUGGUUUCCCCAUAAUGUUGCUUCUGCAUCACCUAGAGUAGUGGUUUCCCCAUAAUGUUGCUUCUGCAUCACCUAGAGUAGUGGUUUCACCAUAAUGUUGCUUCUGCAUCACCUAGAGUAGUGGUUUCCCCAUAAUGUUGCUUCUGCAUCACCUAGAGUAGUGGUUUCCCCUUAAAGUUGUUUCUGCAUUGUGACCUACCUGCCACCUCCACACACAUCACCUAGACCAUUUAUGAGAUUUGUUUGUUUUCCCCAAGAAAUGUGUUAUUGAUUUCAAUGAAAAAGGUUCUUACAACGUAUACGUAUUGAUUAAACAGUCUGUUUUCUAUGAAACUGAGAAGUGUACAUAUACCGCUUAUGAAGUACCACUGUUUUCUUAUAGCACUAGAGGGCAGUAACAACAUACGGUAGGCUACAUCAUGGGAUUUGUCUCAGUUAUCUCGUUAUUACUGGUACUGUUUUAUUACUAGUAAUAAUAAAAGGACAUACAGUCAUUUAUAAACAGCUACACAAUCCAUUAUAAUGUUACACAUAAUAUAUGUAUAAACAAAGAAAUAUACUUGUAUAUUUAUCCUAUCGUUGCUUUCGAAGGAAAACCUUGUAACUUCGUAACCAUUCAUUUUUUCCGUUGUGCAUUGACAUUUUUACAUGCAUCAACUCUAGGGCCAAGAAAAUGUAUUCAAAAUAGCUUCUGAAGUUUCUUAAUUGUAUGUUUGUUAAUGGUAAAGUAUGGCUGUUUUCUAUAUUGGAGAUAAGAGGUUUCAUCCAACACAGACACUAUGUAGGUAAAAUUUCUGUCAUGAUUCUCUGUUGAAUGUAGAGCUGAAUUGAUUAAUACAUUAGGCCAAUUAUCUUCAAAUAAUACUUUUGAUAUUGUCUCUUUGUGUAUUUAUGUAGUUUUUGUAAUUGUUAUGUAAAUUCUAGUUUGAAAAGAUGAUGUAUUUCUUUUUUGGAACAUGAAGCUUAUUAUGUUGCCACAGUGAUCAGUCAAUUGUGUUUGGGAUGUGUCAAAUGGCACUAUAUUCCCUAUAUUCCCCUGGUCAAAAGAAGCAUACUAUAUAGGGAAUAGGGUGCUAUUCAGAAUACAACCUGGGUCUUUCAGUCAGAGCAGCGAUGCAAAAGUACACAGCAGAAUUCCUCAACGAGCCACCAGGUUGGCAGCUAUAUCUCACUAUAUUUAGUCUGCUC